ACGAUUGACGUGGCGACAACCAUCUUGCGUGUCUGCAGACUGCGCCAGCUACCGUAAUCCCCCCUCCCUGCGAGCCAUCACCGGCUACCGCGCGCAGCACACUGGCCCGCCGUCCUCCGCACCUGCACGCCGGAAAUACUCUGGUUUCUGUCUUUCUGACUCGCUACUCAGACAGCCAUUUUGAUUCAAAAUUCCCAUUGUGUCGCAACCAAGAAGGCAUGAAUGAUCAGCAUUCUAACUCCAAAUCAAACCUGGACAACAACAGAUACAGCUCCGCCCGGACCUCCAAGAGACUGCUGUGGAGAUGCAUCAGCCUUGGUCAUAUUUUCUCUCUUAAAAACAGGGUAGAAGUGUAAGAACAAGGUGAAGUUGGUUCAAAAAAUUUCUUAGGCGCGUAGAGAGUGGGGACCCAUGUUUCAAGUAGAAGAGACUCUAAAGUUAGCUUAGCAUCGGUCAUUGGUGCAAUCCUCUUUUCUGAACGCCAUCAAUCGUAGAUUCCCAACACAGCUUCAUAUACUUGCCAACAAGUUCAAGAAUGAAAGUGACAGUGGAUGCAGCAAUACUCAAGUUCAUCUUUCAAGAACCCACUUUCAGGCCUCUUCGGAGCUUGUACCAUGUUCAAACUGUUAAGCCACAUAUAUCUAUUUCUUCAUAUUGGUAUUUAGAAAUAUCAAAUUGCAAUCAAGUUCGGAGCUUGAGAACCCACUCAUUGCAGCCAGCUUGUGGAGAGUUUCGUAUGAUUUUGGGGCCUAUGUUAGCUGGAAAAAAGACCACCCUACUGAACACAAUAAGGCCUGAUACCAGCACAAGCAGGGUGACAUUCUAAAGAAUCUGUACGGUUGGGAUAAAACACUAAAAGAAUUAUGUUUCUCAGGAAGAGUGAGGGAAGCAGUUGGGAUAUUGUGCCGCAACGGACUGCGAGUGGAGUCUGAAACAUAUUCCCUUCUUUUGCAGGAAUGCAUUUUUACGAAAGCAUACAAGCAAGGGAGAAGAAUUCACUCACAAAUGGUUGUUGUCGGGUUUCUCCCAAACCAAUACCUGACAAUCAAACUGUUAAUCCUGUAUGCAAAGUCAGGAGAUAUGGAUACUGCCCACAAUAUAUUUGAUAGGUUAAACUUAAAAAGCCUCAUCUCCUGGAAUGCAAUGAUUGCAGGGUAUGUGGAGUAUAGAAUGGAAGAAGUCGGCUUAUGCCUUUAUUACAAAAUGAAACAACAUGGCUUGAAUCCCGACCAAUACACUUUCUCAUCGGUCUUUAGGGCAUGUGCCUCUUUGUCUAUUUUGGAACAGGGCAAGCAAGCACAUGCUAUGGUGAUCAAAAGGAAAAUAUGUCGAAACCUAGUUGUUAAUAGUGCCCUUAUGGACAUGUACUUCAAAUGCAGUAGUCCAUACGAUGGCUAUCUCGUGUUUGAGAAGUCAUUGGAGAAGAAUGUCAUAACAUGGACUGCCCUGAUUUCUGGAUUUGGGCAGCAUGGUAGGGUAGUGGAGGUGCUACAGUCUUACCAUAGAAUGGUCAGUGAAGGUUUUAGACCCAACACUGUAACAUUUCUUGCAGUUCUUUCUUCUUGUAGCCAUGGAGGGUUAGUAGAUGAAGGUAGAGAAUAUUUUUCUUCAAUGACGAGAGAUUAUGGGCUUCAACCAAGUGGGAAACACUAUUCGGCUAUGGUUGACCUUUUCGGACGUGCAGGGAGGUUAGAAGAGGCUUAUGAGUUUAUUAAAAACUCACCCUAUCAGGACCACCCUGUGUUAUGGGGUGCUUUGCUUGGGGCUUGUAAGAUUCAUGGAAAUAUGGACAUGCUUAAACUCGCUGCUAUGAAUUUCUUUGAGCUGGAACCGGAGAACGCCGGGAAGUACGUUGUCCUUUCUAAUGCCUAUGCCUCAUUUGGUUUGUGGAACAAUGUUGCAGAAGUCAGGAGAGUUAUGAAAGAGUCGGGUGUUAAAAAGGAGACUGGUCAUAGCAUGAUUGAGGUUCAAAGACAAGCACACUUCUUCUCUAUGGGACAUAAUACUCAUGCACAAACAGAUUUGAUAUUUGAAGUGAUUAGGGACUUGACUUACAUUUUGAAGGACACGGGAGAUAUACCAGAACUCAGAAGCUAAGGAGAAAGAAAGUUGUAGUUCACGUAUUAUCUCCUCCAGAACCCCCACCCUGCCACCCCUUUCUGAGUGGCCUGGAUUAUGUUCUGGUAAUGCAUGAAAUGCUUUUGCCAGUAAGUUUUCUGGAUCAUUUUGCUCAAUGUCAUUUAUAUGGAAAUCAAAUUGCUGACCAUAGUUAUCUUGCAUUUCUGUUAAUAUUGUUAUUAUUUUUGCUGUUAUUAUUGUUGUUGUUAUUGUUAUUAAUAUACUAUUACUCCGCAUUUUAAAGCUUGCCAGACUUUCCUUUUUGGGAUGUACUUGAAAGUUUGCUACACUCUCCCCUUUUGGUAAGUUUUCCUUUAAAAUACUCAAUUACUUAAAUUUUUUCUACCUUUUUAUCUUCUCUUUUAAACUUUUACACUCUUUUUCUACACUAUUCAUUACCCCUUCUACUUUUCUUCUUAAAUAAUGUGCCAAAACCUAUUGUAGCAAUCAUUAAAACAAGGAGGGAGUAUUAUUAUUAUUAUUAUGACUAUUAUGAUUAUUAUUAUUUUCAUUAUAUAAUAAUUAUUACUCCGUAUUAUUAUAUUAUUAUUAGUAUUAUUAUUACUAUGAUCAUCAUCUUUAUUACCAUCACCACUACUACAAUACUACUUAUUCCUCAUUUCUUUGAUCCGCAGGGGGUCUUGAGUAUUAGAUGUUGAGUGGUGGGGCUUUGGGAGGAAAAGAGGAAAAUAAAUGCAAAGUUCAUAUGUGAAAAGGGAGUAUCCUUUUGAGGAAGACAAGUGAUCACUUUAUGAUGAUGCGGUGCAGUGGGAGAUUAAUUUUCAUUGUGGUUACUGCACAAACGAAUGAAUGCUUGACCAUUGGUUGAUUUAGGGCUCGUUUGGUAACUCUCCCUUCAAGAAGCAACUCGAUUGUUUGGAGCAUUGGCCUAGGAAUCGAGAGGAUGUUGCCGCGAGAAUAAAUAGUUGUGACUUGACAAGAAGCAACACCGGUAGAGAUAGAGAUGUCGUCUGUUCAGCGUGACUCAGAUCUCAGAUCACACCCUGCUGUCCAAGGUCAUUUUUGGGCUUCAUAACGCAACCUCUUUGAAAUAAAGGGGUUUGAGGAUAGAAAUAACCAGCUCAAAACCACUAUGAGAGCCACUUUAAGCAAGAUCAGAUCCUAGAGUUGGAGGUUUAAAAAGAGACUCGGCACCAUGGAGUUGUAUUCUGAUAGAGAUCUACCUAUUAGACUAAUAAAUAGAAGAGUUAGUUGUAGUUAUAUUUCGGUUAUUAAAUAAUAACUAGAGUAGGCUGUAUGGGAAGUCUAUAAAUAGAAUUAGUCUGGGAAGGGGAGGCAGGCUGUUUUGACUAUUGUAGUCUGGACUGGGAAAGUUAGAGAUUAAUCGUCUCUUUCUUUUGGGGGCUUCGGCCAGAACUCUUCUUCAUCAAUAAAGUUUACAGUUCUUGUU